CAAUAACUGUCAUCUCUGUUUUGGUACUUGCCUAUCUGUACUUUCACUUUGUGAGACGAAAACAAAGAAAACGAAAAGUGCUGAAUCGCUGUGGUAGAGAAUACCAUAGCAUGUGCAAGGCCCAGAGAUAUUUGUCGAGUAAAGCAGAAAACUAUGAAAAGGAAAAUAAAAAAUUGAAAUUCGACAAGAGGCGUUGGGAGGAAUUGGAAAUAAAUUUGAAUAACACUUUUGAUGAAGCAAGUGAGCGAUUUCAAUUUGAACUACAACAGAAGGAUCGUCGCAUUAUCCAUUUGACAAGGAGGAACGCUAAACUGGAAUCUGCUGAAACAGCAUGGAAAGUGAACCUGGACUUUGAAAAGGAUAAAGUGAGAAGAUUGAAAAGGGAUGGUGAAGAAAGGAUCAGUAACUUGGAACGUAUUAAAGAUGCUGAAAUAGCAUCUCUUCGCGAGAGACUAAACGAUACAGAAACUAAACUUGAAGAUGAAAUGAAAAGUCGUCUUGUUGUGGAGGAACUGAAUCAUCAGCUUCGUUCCCAGCUUGAGGAAGUCCCCAUAUUUAAGAAGGACUUGUCACUCUUACCUGUCUUUCCAAGGUCACCAUGGACAAGUAGUAUCUAUUAUAAUGGAAUAGAAGAUUCACUAAAUAACAAUACUAGUGAGCUCUCUAAUGGAUAUGGGUUAAAUAUUGAUGACGUUCCACCUCCUUUUGCUGGUGUAGAGUACAUGUAUAUGGACAUUGAAAUUGUAGCUGAAAAUAAUAAAUAUCAAGAUUCUCAAAAGCAAUGGAUUGUUGCUAGUGACUUUAUAAAUAAGACUGAUCCUUGUCUAUUGUCUUCUGAUUCUGCAGAUCCAUUGGAGAAAAUACCAUCUAGUUUACAUUCCAUAUGGAUUGGAGCUAGGCAUGUUACGUAGUAUUUUGCGUCUUUGGCCCUAGUGUGUGACACAGGGCUUAUAGUAUCAAGGUUGUGACCUGAUUCCCAGAACGUUAGUCGACGUUCCUACCAGUUUGUUGCUCACUGGUGAUACUAGCUAGACUGUUUAUGUCUUGCUGAACCAUAUAAAACUUUAUAUAAUUGAAAAAAA